UAAGCUGAGAUCCAGCUAUGCAAACCAUGUUUAGAGACACUUAAAGGACAAGCUCCUUUCUUUCGGGUAAAUUUAGAGAAGCUAUCAUACGAGGUCCUUUUUCCAUUCAGCCUUGCACACAGCUACUGAGACUUGACAGCGGUAGGAAGACAUUUGGAAGCUGGUCAGACAAAGCUAUCAUGUUGAGGUUAAGUCAUUCACCUACCUUUCCUGAAGGUUUUCACCUUUUAAGUAUUGUGGCACUCUUGCUAUUCCAUGUGGACAAAGCAUAUGCAGAAAGUCCAACAGAAGCACCAAACGACACUGAAGUAUGUACUGGUACAUAUUAUUGCAAACCAGGUGUGAUUUUACCUAUCUGGGAGCCCCAAGACCCUUCAUUUGGUGAUAAAAUUGCUAGAGCUACUGUCUAUUUUGUGGCCAUGGUCUACAUGUUCCUAGGUGUAUCCAUCAUAGCUGACCGCUUCAUGUCUUCUAUAGAAGUCAUUACAUCCCAAGAGAGAGAGAUAACUAUCAAGAAGCCCAGUGGUGAGACCAGCAAAACCACAGUGAGGAUUUGGAACGAGACUGUGUCCAACCUAACGUUGAUGGCUUUGGGUUCUUCAGCCCCUGAGAUUCUACUUUCUGUUAUUGAAGUAUGUGGUCAUGGUUUCACUGCGGGGGAUCUUGGACCGAGCACCAUUGUAGGCAGUGCCGCCUUUAACAUGUUCAUCAUUAUAGCCAUAUGUGUCUAUGUGGUUCCGGAUGGAGAAAUAAGGAAGAUUAAGCAUCUAAGAGUGUUUUUUGUGACAGCAGCUUGGAGCAUCUUUGCCUACACUUGGCUCUAUCUUAUUUUAUCUGUCAUAUCACCCGGCGUUGUGGAGGUCUGGGAAAGCUUGCUCACUUUCUUCUUCUUUCCCAUUUGUGUGGUAUUUGCAUGGGUAGCCGACCGAAGGCUUUUAUUUUACAAGUAUGUCUACAAGAAGUACAGAGCUGGCAAACAGCGAGGCAUGAUCAUUGAACAUGAGGGUGAUAGGCCAUCAUCCAAAGCUGACAUUGAAAUGGAUGGCAAAGUGGUUAACUCCCAUGUGGAGAACUUCUUAGAUGGUACCCUGGUUCUGGAGGCAGAUGAGAGGGAUCAAGAUGAUGAGGAAGCAAGGAGGGAAAUGGCUAGAAUCCUGAAGGAGCUGAAGCAGAAGCACCCUGACAAAGAAAUCGAACAGCUGAUAGAACUAGCUAACUACCAGGUUCUGAGCCAACAGCAAAAGAGCCGAGCCUUUUAUCGCAUUCAGGCUACUCGGCUAAUGACAGGUGCUGGCAACAUUUUGAAGAGACAUGCUGCGGAUCAGGCACGGAAAGCUGUCAGCAUGCAUGAGGUUAACUGUGAAGUGGUGGAAAACGAUCCUGUCAGUAAGAUCUACUUUGAGCAGAACACCUACCAGUGUCUCGAGAACUGCGGCACAGUAGCUUUGACCAUUGUUCGCCGAGGUGGUGACUUGACCCAUGUCGUUCACGUUGACUUCAGAACAGAAGACGGCACAGCCAAUGCAGGGUCUGAUUAUGAGUUUACCGAAGGGACUGUGGUCUUCAAGCCUGGCGAAACACAGAAGGAAAUCCGGGUUGGCAUAAUUGAUGAUGAUAUUUUUGAGGAGGAUGAGAACUUCCUCGUUCACCUCAGCAAUGUGCAAGUUAGCACUGAAGCACUAGAUGAAGGAAUUCUGAAGGCCAACCAUGUCGCAACACUUGCCUGCCUGGGGUCACCCUCCACUGCCACUGUUACUAUCUUCGAUGAUGAUCAUGCGGGCAUCUUUACCUUUGAGGAGCCAGUCACUCAUGUGAGCGAGAGCAUUGGAACCAUGGAAGUGAAAGUGCUGAGAACGUCCGGUGCUCGAGGAAAUGUUGUUGUGCCCUACAAAACCAUCGAAGGCUCAGCCAGAGGGGGAGGAGAGGACUUUGAGGAUACUUGUGGAGAGCUUGAAUUCCAGAAUGACGAGAUUGUCAAAACGAUAUCAGUCAAAAUAAUUGAUGAUGAGGAGUAUGAGAAAAACAAGACCUUCUACCUUGAGAUUGGGGAGCCCCGUCUGGUGGAGAUGAGUGAGAAGAAAGCUCUGUUGUUGAAUGAGCUUGGUGGCUUCACAAUAACAGGCAAACCUGUCUUCAGGAAGGUCCAUGCUAGAGAACAUCCAAUUCCUUCUACUGUAAUCAGCAUUCAAGAAGAGAAUGAAGAGAAACAGCCACUGACGAGCAAAGAGGAGGAAGAGCGCCGCAUUGCAGAAAUGGGACGCCCAGUACUGGGAGAACAUACCAAACUAGAAGUCAUUAUUGAAGAAUCCUAUGAGUUCAAGAAUACUGUGGACAAGCUCAUUAAGAAGACAAACCUAGCCCUUGUGGUUGGAACUAACAGCUGGAGAGAACAGUUUAUUGAAGCUAUCACAGUCAGCGCUGGCGAGGAGGAUGACGAUGACGAAUGUGGGGAAGAGAAGCUGCCAUCCUGCUUUGAUUAUGUGAUGCACUUUCUGACUGUCUUCUGGAAGGUCCUUUUCGCCUUCGUCCCCCCAACAGACUACUGGAAUGGCUGGGCCUGCUUUGUCGUCUCCAUCCUAAUGAUUGGUUUGCUGACGGCUUUCAUCGGGGAUUUGGCAUCCCAUUUUGGCUGCACCAUUGGCCUGAAGGAUUCAGUGACUGCAGUUGUGUUUGUUGCAUUGGGAACAUCAGUGCCAGACACCUUUGCCAGCAAAGUGGCAGCUACACAGGAUCAAUAUGCUGAUGCCUCAAUUGGGAACGUCACCGGGAGCAAUGCUGUGAAUGUUUUCCUGGGGAUUGGCGUGGCCUGGUCCAUCGCUGCCAUCUACCACGCAGCCAAUGGGGAAGUGUUCCACGUCUCCCCCGGCACCUUGGCUUUCUCCGUCACCCUCUUCACCAUUUUUGCUUUUAUCAGUGUGGGCGUGCUGCUUUACCGGCGGAGACCGGAGAUUGGAGGUGAGCUGGGUGGGCCGCGGACUGCCAAGCUUCUGACAACAUCCCUUUUUGUGCUCCUUUGGCUCUUAUACAUAUUGUUCUCAUCUCUGGAAGCCUACUGCCACAUACAGGGCUUCUAAAGGAACAAUCAGAGAUAGUAAAUAUAUUGCUAGAGAUCUAUAUGUAUCUAUAUAGAAAGCUAUAUAGAUAAAGAUAGAGACAAAAUACUGUGUAUAAUGAACAGAGGAAAAAGAAAAGACAUUUGCCAUGUUCACUUACCUGCUGAUGGAAUGCAGCUUGGAGCAUUCUCUGUACUAGGUAGGAGUAAGAAUUCAGCAAGAUUCUUAACCAAGGGUUGCAGCAUAUUAAAGGAGGUGCGGAUGCAGGGCCACCUUUGCAAGUCUACCUACAAGAGCGUAUGAUACUGACUUUAUUGUUGCUCCCACCCUGCCCCUUGGGGAGGAUUGAUCUGAAAUGUAAUUUGGGCUUUUCAGUAAUGCCAGUGCCAGAAUAGCUGUUAAGAAGCCAAGUGGUGGAGGGAAGGCGAGGAAUAGGGGACUUCAUGACUUUCUUACAAAAGUUUAUUUGCCUUCAUAUAUUGAGGACAUGCAGAUCUGUCCCCACUGAAUGAAAACAAGAGCUUGGACUGAAGAAGGAAGUCCAGGGGUUCAAGAGCUUUCUACGAAUAGGAUGGAAACCCCACUGCUGUUCUUGCUUGGAUGCCCAAUUUAUCAUUCAGUUGUUAAGAGUGUUGACAUGCUGAGAGUCACAAGAACAGUGUGAGCCAUUUCCUUAUUUUUUGGCUGUAUUAUGAUCAUCAUGGCCUGUCCCCUACCCUGCAGACAAAAUCAGCGAGCCCACUCAUCCCAUACUUCCCCGCUGUGCCUUGCAGGCACUUGUCCAAACCUUGUCUCAAGUCCCUGUUUUAGUUCUGACAGAAUCUUGGGGGCUUUACUUUGUUGCUGUCCAUUCCUUGCCCAGCCCCUAGUGCGUUGCUCCCGUCUCAUAUUCCUGACUGGGAAUGCUGUUGUGGUCCUUGUAACACUUUGCAUGAAUGAAGUAACCCGUAUCUGUAUAUAGCAUUGUGUAGCAAUAGUCCAUUCAGCAGUGUGGAUCUGAUGUUGAAGAAAUGAGUGAGUUUUCUUUUCACCCAGGUUUGGUUUUGAGUUUGGUUUUUUUCUUAAUGGGAUAAGGGGAAGUGACUAACCCUUUAGCUCUCUGCACAGGGGUUUUUAAGAAGCAAUAACAAAGAACUGUGCAGCUGUAAAUGCUAAAGGGAAGAAUCUGUGCAAAACGCAUCAUAAAGUCUUGUAAAGUGAAAUCCUGGCUCCAUUAAGUCAAUGGCAAAAUUCCCGUUGACUUCAGUGGGGCAGGAAUUUACCCAUAUGGGGUGACCCAGAGCUCACUGAAGUCAAUGCAAAUACAUUCAUUGACUUCAAUAGGUUCUGCAUCAUGUCCAUAAAGGUUAACUUACCAUUUUAAGGGCCAGAGCCUGCCACCCUUGCCCAUGCAGCAUAGAACUUUGUCCCACUACUAGUCGCUUUGAACACAGCGGGGUUAAGUACCAGUCAGCCUGGGCAUGAGUGGCAGCACCAGCCCCUGAAUAAGCAAACCACGCCUGGGUUUUGUAAGCAUCAUUUUUCCCAGUGUGGCUAUUUUACAUCUUCUGUGGCUGCAACAGAUGUCAGAUAUUGUCAGUGUUUGUGGCUGUAGAACCCCCACGCUCCAUUUCUGUUCUCCUGUUCACCAUCUCUGAGGGUUAGCUACAGCCCUGUGUGUGAACAUUAAGCCAGAGGUGACUGGCAGGACUUUACAACUGUAUCUCAUCUAGAGUUACUUGAGGACUGAAGAAGUCAAUGGUGGGGUUGGAGGAAUGUAAUGUCUCCAAGAUCUCCAGUGAUCAAAGCGUUCUCACCAGAUACAGGAUGAAUUUUGCGUUGUCCAGCAGCGAUUGCAUUAAACACUAGGAAUUACUAUGGUGGUUAUUUAUUAUCUGUUGUGCACCACAACAGUGUGCUUGGCUCUGUACAAUGCACAGGUGGCAAGACAGUUCCCACCCUGGAGAUGUUGUCAUGUCGAAGACAGACAUUGUCAGAGGUCCUAGAGGAAGGAGCUACCCUAGCUGAUCUGGUUUUCCCUUCAUUUUCAUCCACUGUAUAACCCUUUCAUUUUCCAUUUGUGUUCCCCGUGGACGCAAUGGCUCUGCAGGAGGGAUUAGAACCAGGAGAGGAUGGGGCCUGACACAUUGGGAUUGAGGGGAUCAUUCUAUGCACACUUAGCAUCAGGGAAGGAGCUCUAAGAAGAGAUUGGAAAUGGAG